AUGGCGGGGCCGGAGGAUCCGCCCUGGGGUGUCCCCGGCCGCGCGGAGGCGACGCCCGGCUGCUCCCCCGAGUCGAGCGGCGUCGGGGGCGAGCGGCUGGUGCUCAACGUGUCCGGGCUGCGCUUCGAGACGCUGCCGCGCACGCUGUCCGCCUUCCCGGACACGCUGCUGGGCGACCCCCGGCGCCGCGCGCGCUUCUUCGACCCGCUGCGCAACGAGUACUUCUUCGACCGCAGCCGGAGCAGCUUCGACGCCGUGCUGCACUACUACCAGUCGGGCGGCAGGCUGCGCCGACCCGCGCACGUGCCCCUGGACCUCUUCAUGGAGGAGCUGCGCUUCUACCAGCUGGGCGAGGAGGCCAUCGGAGCCUUCCGCGAGGACGAGGGCUUCAUCGCCGAGGACGAGAAGCCGCUGCCCACGAGGCCCUUCCAGCGCCAGCUGUGGCUCCUCUUCGAGUACCCGGAGAGCUCGGGGCCCGCGCGGGGCAUCGCCAUCGUCUCCGUGCUGGUCAUCCUCAUCUCCAUCGUCAUCUUCUGCCUCGAGACCUUGCCCGAGUUCCGCCUGGAGAGCAAGGGCGGCAGCUACGGAGAGGAGCCCCUCGAGGACCUGCUGCGAGAGGACGACUCGCUUUCGUUGCAGUCCGAUGGAGGGAGCCCGUCGCCCGCGCGCCCGCCGUCCAGCGCCCGCCCCUUCUUCACGGACCCUUUCUUCCUCAUCGAAACGCUCUGCAUCAUCUGGUUCUCCUUCGAGCUGCUGGUGCGCUUCUUCGCCUGCCCCAGCAAGCCCGAGUUCUCCAGGAACAUCAUGAACAUCAUUGACAUCGUGGCCAUCAUCCCUUACUUCAUCACGCUGGGGACGGAGCUGGCUCAGGAACAGCAGAAGAAGGAGCAGCCGCAGGGCAGCAGCAACGGAGGCCAGCAACAAGCUAUGUCCUUGGCCAUCCUGAGAGUCAUCCGCCUGGUCAGGGUCUUCCGGAUCUUCAAGCUCUCCAGGCACUCCAAGGGGCUGCAGAUCUUGGGGAAGACCCUUCAAGCCAGCAUGAGGGAGCUGGGCCUUCUCAUCUUCUUCCUUUUCAUCGGCGUGAUUCUCUUCUCCAGUGCCGUUUAUUUUGCUGAGACCGAUGACCCGGAAUCUUUGUUCACUAGCAUCCCAGAUGCUUUCUGGUGGGCAGUAGUGUCCAUGACCACGGUGGGCUAUGGAGACAUGUACCCAAUGACAAUUGGGGGCAAGAUUGUGGGGUCGUUGUGCGCCAUUGCCGGCGUGCUGACAAUCGCCCUCCCUGUGCCUGUCAUUGUCUCCAACUUCAACUACUUCUACCACCGAGAAACUGACCAAGAGGAGCAGUCCCGCUAUACACACGUCACUUGUGGACAGCAGCAGUCUCCUUCUUCGGAGCCCAAGAAAGGGGACAGCAACCAGACACUCAGUAAAUCAGACUUUCUGGAGGCGCAAGGUUUAGAAUCUGCAAAAUACUCCAACUUCAUUCCAACCAGCAACCACGCCUGUAAAGAGAACAAGCUGCUGACAGAGGUGUGAUCGCUUCUUCCAUCGCCCUCAGCUGAACCUGCUGGCUUCAAGCUGUGCAGACGAGAAAACUGCAGCUGAUCAUCUUUGCAUCGGAGGAGCGGAAGAAUGACAACACUUGUUUGUCUGAAUGGAAAUGAUUUGUGCUCCUUGGAAUAAAAGCUGCUGUGAUUUGGACAUUGACUCCUUCAUUUAUGUUGCUUCAUUGACUUCUGUAAUAAG